GUACUAAAUAAAAAUUUAUCGUCCUUGUAAAGUGGUGUAUAGCUUGAUUUAAAAAUGUCUGAAUUGCAAUCGUCUUUGCUAUUAAAAAAACAAUUAGCAGAGUUGAAUAAAAAUCCCGUAGAAGGAUUUUCGGCAGGAUUGAUUGAUGAGAACGACAUAUUUCGAUGGGAAGUUCUCAUAAUAGGACCUCCGGAUACACUCUAUGAAGGAGGUUUCUUUAAAGCGCAUUUGUAUUUUCCGAAAGAGUACCCCUUACGUCCUCCACGAAUGAAGUUCGUGACAGAAAUUUGGCAUCCUAACAUUGAAAAGAACGGAGAUGUAUGUAUUUCUAUUCUACACGAGCCUGGCGAUGAUAAAUGGGGCUACGAAAAGGCAUCUGAACGUUGGUUACCAGUACACACCGUUGAAACGAUAUUGAUAUCUGUGAUAUCAAUGCUGGCUGAUCCAAACGAUGAAUCUCCAGCUAAUGUUGAUGCUGCUAAGGAGUGGAGAGAGUCGUAUCCGGAUUUUAAAAGAAAAGUAGCUAGAUGCGUAAGGAAAAGCCAAGAGGAAUGUUCAUAGAGAUUUGCAGUUUUUUUUUAUAUUUAUAAACAAUUUGGUACAUUAAAAUCAAUUAUUUAAUUUUUGUCACUUAAAUAGAUAACAUCUCUUUAGUGACGUCAUUUGCAAAAUUAAAAAACUGUCUACAUUUUUAAA